AUGGGCCGACCUGAGUAUGUAUCCGGCGAGAAGGAGCGAGAUGGCGAUGCAGUAACGGCGCGCGGAGAGAGCCGUGAGGAGGACGAGGAGAGAAGACCCCAGGAGGAAGGGGCGGAGGGGGGAGGGACAGCGGAGGAGGAAGGGGCGGAGGAGGAAGGGGCGGAGGGGGGAGGGACAGUACAGGAAGGGGGUUCAGGGGACGAGGAGAGUAAUGACGAGUUGGGGCAUGAACGGACGGCUGCGAUUGAAGUCAAGGUUGUAAAGGGAGAAAUGGCGGGACAAGACAAUCACGAUGAUGACGAUAGCGAUUCGGACGAUGCGCCCAAGGAGUUCACUCUGUCACAAGUGCGCGCCCACCGUCACAGCUUGGCAGCGAAGGGAGAGGAGGGGGAGGGAGGGGAAGAGGGAGACAGUGAGGAGCGGCGGAACAAGGAGGUGGGGGGGGAGGCGAAGCGCAGGCGCGAGCUAGAGGGGCGCGCGGAGAGGCGCACGCGGCAGAAGGGGGCGGCGGAAGGGGCAGACGAGGCGGCGGGCUCUUUGGUAACUGCAGAAGCAAGGGACGGUGCUCGAGAGGGGUCGGAUGGGGAGGAGGCGAGGGCCGGCGAUGGCGAGGGGGAGGGAGGGGCGCUGGGGAAGGGCGCGGUGGAGGGGGGUGACUUUCUUCUCGCUGACGUGAUUGCUGCCGUCACACUGCGCCAGCACCCCAGGUCCGACGGGGCCAUAGUGAUCCAGGCGGGAGCGCCGGCCCCAGAGGGCGAGGAGGAAGCGCGGGCCAUCAUGCGCGCCACGCUGAGCUUUCGGCUCAGGGUGAUGUUUAGGCGGCGGCAGCGGUCGGUGGCGGCUCUGGGGUUUGUGGACCCCAAGGCGCUCAAGGUGGCAGGGCAGUGGUGCGCCCACAAGCACCUCGUGGCCGAAGGUGCUGGCACGUAG